AUGGAGGAUGCUAAUAAUAUUGCAGCUUUAGCAGAGAGGACUCUGGGAAAUUACAUCAUGGCUCUGGAUGCAGGAGAUCCGCUUGGAAAGACGAAAACGGCACUAUCCUCAACACUUCUACAGCCAGGUAACGAUGAGCAGUUCAAUGACGCUCAGGCUGUUGCUUUAAGAACUGAAAACCGUCAUCAUAGCGAAGGGUUCUCAGCGGCCUUAAAGAGUGCUUCAACAGCCAGUAAUAUUGACGUCACGCUAGAGAACGAGUCUGUUUGGAGUCGUUUUCAUGACGCUGGCACCGAGAUGAUUUUAACAAUGCAGGGCAGACACAUGUUCCCCUGUUGUCGCUUCCGUCUGAGCGGUUUAGACCCGAAUCGCAGGUACUUUCUGGUCCUGGAUGUGAUGCCUUUAGAUGACGUCCGACACAAAUGGAAAGGAAAGUCGUGGGAAGCGGAUGGAACCAGUGAACCUCACAUCCAGUGUUCGGUUUGUUUUCAUCCCGAGUCUCCGGCUCUGGGUCGGCACUGGAUGGACAGCCCAUUGUCCUUCUAUAAAGUCAAGUUAGCACACAACUCUCUGGACCAGGACGGUUCUCUGGUGUUGCACGCCAUGCAGCGCUACCAGCCGCGUCUUUACAUCGUUCCUGUUAGCGUGGGUCACAAGCGCAACAUUCCGCUGGAGGGCCCGGAUGUUCACACGUUUACCUUCCCUAAAACAGAGUUCUACGCGGUGACGAGCUACCAGAACCCGCGGUUCACUCGGCUUAAAAUCAACUGUAAUCCGUUCAUGUUAGCUUUUAGAGAAGACGGCCAAAACUCUCGUCUCAUUCACAACAAACUCAAACUCGCUCUGUCCGGCAGAACUCAAACGCAGCUGCCUGUUCAGUCUCUUGCCAUUCAAACCCGUAAUGAGACCUCAGAGAGUGAAGACCUCAGUUCAACACACACUCACCCUGAAUCUGAGUCUGAUAGAGAAGAAAAGAUCUUAUCAGACAGGAAGAGAGUCUGUGAUCAGACCAACAGCUGUGAUGAGGAACAGAUCAUCAAACGCUUUGUAAGUGAUGAAUCACAGCCACAUGAGCACAUGGAACCUUCUGAAGACAUGAUGCCACAUGAGAUGCCACCAGGUUCUUCAGAACCUCACUGUCCAACCAGUUUAACUGGAAGUUUAGAACGUGUCUCUGUGGAUGUGACUGGUCAUCCAAACGGUAUUCCCUCAACCGAUGCAUCGCUCUCUGCUACCCGUAAACCAAAGCGUGGUUACUGUAGAUCCAAUCGUUGGAGAAAAGCGAGAAAAGCCAAGUCUAAAUGGUGGUCUAAUGUGAAGUAUGCAAAACCGCCUGAUAUCAUUAACCCCAUCGACAUGUCCAUGCAGCCAGACCUUGAAGAUGUGGAUGGCAUGCUGUUUGUCUCCUUCACUGCAAAGGAAGCUCUUGACAUUCAUGUUGGAAACAUGAGGAAGCCUGUGGAAUCAUCAUCGUCAUCAAACACUGAAAAUCAAACACAGAAGUCGCAAUGCGGUGAAGGUUUGAAAAGAUCUGAACUGAUAUGUUAUUGUUCUGAAUGCUGA